GGGAGAAAGGCUCUGUUAGCGGUGUCUAUGGAGACAAAGCGUUGUUGCUGAGAUGCUAUUCGCGCCCAAUACGUCGUGCUUGAAGCGUGAACAUUGAUGCUGUCCGAGUGUUUAUUGGAGAGAUCUGUGAGCAGCUACCUCUCAUCAAUCGAAUUGCAACCAAACUACUCAGCCGGAAAUGACUUAAAUCCGUCCCACCGUCUCCCACGUGGUCGUCCCCACGACGGCCGCGUUGGGUGGAGGUCGCAGCGUCUACCAUGCCGCUGUUGCACGGCAGCCUGAAGUUGAAGCGGGAGACUAAGAUAACGCGUCUCCUCUUCAUUCACGUGUUCCUGCUUCCCGUCCUGCCCCGUGCCAUCGACCUGUACCACACAACAACAACGGCAAAACAAGCAACACAAACUGCUAAAAACAGCAACGCGAAUGAUCUCGCUAGCAGGGCAACUACAGCAACCUCCUGCUCCAACCACGGCACCCUGAUCAACGACGUCUGCGUGUGCAACAGCAUAUGGAUUGCAAAAAUGUCUGGGUCCGGAAGAAUCCGAGAUCUGUCAUGCAGUUUUUACCUGACCAAGAUCCUCUGGCAUGCACGCUUCAGCAUCACAGACUUUGAGCACUUAUCCCAAUGCCUAAUCCGCAUGACAAACCCCCUCUCUUGCAAAGAAACGAAGAAAUGGGGCUUUUUGCUAGCCAUGCAUGACAGAUUUUGUCAUAAUGUAGACUUGGCGUCACAAAUUCGAAUCCUUCCAGACCCAGACACUUUUGCAUUUGAUACAGCAGCUAUUUCGGCAAAGCCUGUGAGUCCAAGCGUUGUCCGAGCGAUUGCAACAACAACGGCGUCUGUGAUCCGAAGCUUGGAAAAUGCACGUGCAACAAGGGGUACAGUGUAUGAAUUGCAAAAGUAUCGUACUCGUAUAAAUGCAUUACAAAUUUCCUCAGCAUGAGAGAUAAAAUUUGUCAUGCGGAUUUACCUUAGGAACAAAAUUUGUAAUGCAUGACUGCAAUGACUACGAGUGCGAUACUUUUGCACAGGAUACAGUGGAGACAACUGCAAAACCCAACUUGGUCCGAACCCACUCUCCGGCUUGUCGUCCCACACGAAGAAGUUUGGGGAUAAUCUGAAACUAGAUUCCAAACCCCCGGGGGAGAAGCAGAAAGAGAAGAAGAAGCUGCUGGAGAAGUUAUUGAAAAAAAACGAGCAGAAAAAGUGCAAAGACGACUGCAACUCAAACGGCAGCUGCGACAACGGCUCGUGUACCUGCUUCCCGGGUUACAGCGGGGAUAGCUGCGGAGUUUACUGUCCGAAUGAUUGCACGGGGAGGGGGCACUGCGUUGCCGGGGCGUGUUUGUGCUUUUCCGCGUUUCGGGGGGCGGACUGUAGCAUCCGAAUUGCGUGCAGCGAUCAUGGAGCGGAGGUGCGAAUUCUUCUACUUUGUAUGUUGUAGUGCAACUGAAAUUUUUCAUUUUAAAAAGAAACAGAUGAGAAUCGUGACGCACUGUUCCUACAAGAGCCUGACAGAGGUUUCAAUUGCGGCGUAUUCGAUCAUGCACCAGUUUUGGAAGUAGAGGACUUCAUAAUCAUCAAUCAAAGCCCUGUACUACAGAACGACGCCGGGCAAUGUGUGUGCGACGAGGGUUGGUGGGGCGCCGACUGCAGUGUGGAAGCCGUUUGCCAAGAUCCAACUUGUUCCACGCACGGCGAGUGCAGAAAAGGGACCUGCCAUAUGGGAUUCUCAAACGUUACACUCUCAACUGCUACAUGGAUUUGCCAUGCAGAACUACCUUAAGCCGCCAGAUGGUCCAGCUGCUUCGCAUGACAAUUCUGCGGGGGGCUAAACAGCCCCUAAAUCUGUGCGGAACUUGUAAUGCAAAAGGCGCAAACUUCGCCCUUUCACUUUUGCCGUUCUUGCAUUACAAGUUCAUGUAACAGUUGAGAAUGUAACGUUUGAGAACGCCAUAUGUCACUGCGAAGCGGGGUUCUCCGGCGUUUUGUGCGAGACCCCGCCGAAGGAGUGCGACCCGGCCUGUCCAGCGAUAUCAACUGUAAAAAUGUCUGGGUCUGGAAGAAUCCAACUUGUCAUGCUGAUUUUGGAUGCUAAAAAAAAAUUGUAUUGCAUGAGCAGCAAAGAGAGUCCAAGUUUUGCUACACGGAGAGCGCAUUUGUCAUGCGGUAGAGGCAUCAGGAAGCCCUCACAAAAUCUGUGAUGCUAGGGCAUGCAUCACAGACAUCAGGAGUCAUGCAAAAUGUGCAUGACAAACCUGGCAAUCUUCCAGACCCAGACAUUUUUACAUUUGAUAAGCGAACGGGGAGUGCGAUAGAUUGACCGGGAAGUGCAUGUGCGACGGUGCACCGUGCCCGAAAGAAGCACCAAAUGGUGGGGCCGGCGGUGGAGGUGCUUCUUCUGCGCAGGACAAGUUAGAAGCCGCGGCCCACGGUGGCGACAUAGCCGCGCCCGCGCCGCCCGGGAAGUCUUGCGGGGACAACGGAGAGUACAAUUCUGCGAUUAAUGCCUGCGACUGCAAGGCGGGUUUCCACGGCGAUCGGUGCGAAAUUCAGCGGUGCCCGGGAUUUAGUGAGGAGGAGGGCGUUGACGAUUGCCACGACCAGGGGAUGUGCAUCAACGGGAAGUGCCAAUGUUUAGCCGGGUUCGGGAUGAAGGAUGGGUCCGAGCCGAACAGUUGCAAGGAUAAAGUGUGUCCCAUGGACUGCGGGAAGCACGGGAAGUGUGUGGAGGGGGCCUGCGAGUGCGAAGCUGGUUGGACCGGCAUUGGGUGUCGGGAGCCGAGCUGCAACGACUGUAAUGGCAGAGGGGUUUGCACUUUCGUCGAACAGUAUUCCACGACGGGGGUGAAGAUGACGGCGCCGGACUGUAUCUGCGACGAGGGCUUUGCGGGGAAGGAGUGUGAGAAAACGCAAUUUGAGCAGCCGAAGUGCCUAUCAAAUGUAAAAAUGUCUGGGUCUGGAAGAAUGCAUGUUUGUCAUGCUUGUCUUGCAUGACUCUUAAAUCUGUCAUGCAAGUUACCCAAGAGCUCCACUUUUCUGUGAUGCAGAAACGCAGUUUGUGAUGCAGAAUAGGCAACACCUAGAAGCUCAGAAACUUGUGAUGCUGAAACAGCAUUUCUGGCCUCAUCAUGAGACGCCACCCAGCAUCACAAGUUUCCAGACCCAGACAUUUUUACAUUUGAUAGUGCCCGGCGGAUUGCAACGGCAGGGGGAUGUGCUUCGACGGGAGGUGUGUUUGCAAGACUGGUUUCUACGGCGAGGAUUGCGGGAAACGGAAUUGCGGGUUGGGAAAAUUGGGGCCAAACUGCAAUUUAGACCAGUGUGCCAACGACUGCUCCGGAAAGGGGUUGUGCUUUGAGGGGAAGUGCAGCUGCAACAAAGAUUUCGCCGGUCCGGACUGCUCGAUUCCGAAGAUCUGCUACGGCGCGUGCUACAACAGCUGCGCGAGCGGAGCGGGGAGUAAGUGUGAAUUCUGCAAGGGGCAGUGCUUGACGUUGCAGAGUAAUCCGAUUAUCGGAAAACACAAUCCGAUGGAGGAUCUAGCGACGAGCUUGCUGGGGAUUAGCAAGGUGGAGACGUAGAAGUGCUGAGGAUUUGACACGGCAGACGCAACAAUGUGACUCGGUGCAUUGUGAAAAUUUCUUUUCUUUUCCGCGUACUUGAUAACGCUUCAGAAAAAGCAGCCGUUGGCUGCGUUUGAGCCGACCUGGUACUCGCUACAAAGUGUUGGAGUUGGGGAAUUGAUUCUUCCUUUUCUCGUUCCUCAUCG